AUGGUGAGGCUUCUGGAAUGGCUUACUUGCAGCCUGGCAAAAAACAGAUCUCUGUCACAAACCCCAUUAAUAGGCGAAGAACCCGAUGCUCAACAAAGCGAGGCAAAGGAGCACACAGCGGCGAGUAAAAGUGAACGAACAUCAGUCGGAACCCACAAUUCCAUCGCAUCACCAUCACCAAGCAUUAAGUUCCUCCGGAGAAACCAAUCGUUCUACGUCCAGCGCACCAACGUACUUCGUUCGCCUCCACCCCAAAAGCUCCGUCUCUCUUGCUCCCUCCCUGCAAUGAUCACAGAUGAGGACUACGCUCGACUCUCCUCCCACUCGUCCUCCCUCCGCUCCCGCCCCGCUUCCUUCGAACCAUCGUUCCCCUUCCUUCGACUCUCCAAAUCCCUCCGCCGCAAAAUCUACGAAUAUCUCGAAGUCAAAACUAAAUAUGUAGUCGCGAUGCGUGAACACUUCGGCCCUCGCGCCAGCCAUCCCAAUGCCAUCGUCAUGCUGCGCUACAUCUCGCGAACCAUCCUACUUACCUGCCGCACCAUCAACCGCGAAGCCGAGCCGAUUCUCCAAAUCGAAACUAUGAAAUUGGGACCACCGAGAAUCAUCGCGCAUCUGAAUGCCCUAAAUGAAGCGAACUUCCUCCUUGGGCUGAUUAAGGAAAACGUGAAUAAGUACGUUUGGCAACCCCUCCGUCUCCGCGCCGCCGAUAGAGAAGGGGAAUACUUGACCCCCGAGUCGUUCAACCGCCUCAUCUUCACUAGAUUAGCAUGCUUGUACCAGCAGAGCCGACGCGAAGUCUGGAUAGGGCUGUGGGUUGGUCCACUUAGCGAUUGGAAGCAGUUCCUAACUGAUUUGCCGUUUGUGGUUCCGCCGCUUGUGAGGCAUUGGCCGCCGAACGAUGGGUCGAGAGUUGUUGUAAGUGUGUUUUUUGAGGGGAAUAGGGAAGUUGAAGGGAGUGGGGAUGAGAAGAUGAGGAUUAGUGAGUAUCCGCAGAUUAAUGUGUUUGUGGAUGCGGGGUUGAGGUUGGAGUCAGAUCUGCAGCCGGAGGAUCAGGAGGAGUUGUUUGGGGUUACGGGGUUUGGUGGGUUGUUUUUAGAGGGAAGGGGAAUGGAUGUGUGA